GACGUGGGAGGAGCGUGCGUGACACAUCAAAAUUCGACGAAAACAGCCAGCUGAGCAUAACAGCACGCAGAUGUCGGUGCUAAGGGAUCACCCGUGAAACUAUUACCAAGAAGGACCGACAAAGUCAGAAUUAAGGUGGAUGAGUUAAGAUAACGUUAUUGCCUCUUACAGUAGCACAGCACAGCAGAGCGACAGGAAAACGGAAUCUGGUUUGAAAUUCACAGGAUAUUGCUGCAAAAGUAGCUUUAAGAGAUGGAGUUCCCAGAUUUAGGGGAGCACUGCUCUGAGAAGACCUGCAAACGUUUAGAUUUUCUGCCUAUGAGAUGUGAUGCUUGUCAAGAGAUAUUCUGCAAGGAUCACAUAACCUAUGCAAAUCACAAAUGCACAUCAUCCUACAAAAAGGAUAUCCAGGUACCAGUAUGCCCUUUGUGUGACACUCCCAUUCCCGUCAAGAGAGGAGAGAUGCCUGACAUUAAAGUUGGUGAACACAUUGAUCGGGACUGUAAAUCCGACCCCGCACAAAGAAAGAGAAAGAUUUUCACAAAUAAAUGCUCGAAAGGAGGCUGUAAGCAGAAGGAGAUGAUAAGAGUUACCUGUGACCAGUGUCGUUUAAAUUACUGUCUUAAACACCGUCACCCACUAGACCACGAUUGUAAGACUGACGGGAAACCUCUGUCCAAAUCUGGGUGUCUCAGCCCUCAGGAGCAGGAGGAUCUGGCUCUCGCUCAGGCUCUCGCUGCCAGUGAAGAAGAAUACAGACGCCAGCAGCAGAGACAACAGGGAAGAGACUCCAAACAGUCCACCUGCAGCCUUUCUUAAUCUCAGAUCACCAUUUUAGACUUCAAGCUGUGCUAAUUAUUUCCUAGAAACUGCACAUGUGAGGUGUCACUUUCCGGGAUCAGUGAUUCUUCAGUGGCACAUACUGGCUCUUGGAAGUUGCUGACACAUUACCGCCUUCUACAAUAUAAGCACAUAUACUUUCCAGCAGAAUCUGUCAUUUUUACAAAUGAUUUGCUCUGUAAAUAUUUUAUAUGGCUAUCAUGAUGAAUCCAUUAUAUUAAAAUGUAUGAUUAUUGAAUAAAUUAUGUCAAAGACGCACCCUGAA